AUGCCGUCGCAGCAGGUCCUCCUCCAUUCCCAAUUGAUCGAGCAUUUGGCCUCGUUGCCCAGGAAUUUAUCGUACAAGUUUGCCGAUGAGGAAUUAUUACAAACCAACGUUCGCAGAGCAUUGAAUUUUGCAUUGUUCAAUGGCACCAAAGAGUCUGCGGAUUAUUUCCCUAUUCUUUUUCCAGGCCUCGAACGAAAUAACUUCCCGACUUCAUGGGGUAAAGACGUGAUUCAACCAUCGGCACCGCCAAAUAAUUACCAGUUCUUUGAAGAUUUGGCGAAUGACGAAGAUUUCAACGACGCCCAACAUACUGGCAGACCAUGUGGUCGUAAAUUCCAGUUUGGUGAACCAAUAUAUCGCUGUGUCGAGUGUGGGUACGACGAUACUUGUGUGCUCUGUCUCCAAUGCUUCAACAAGAAGGACCAUGAGGGGCACGUUGUCUUGACUUCCAUGGCCAGCGAGCAUAACUCGGGAUGUUGUGAUUGUGGGGAUCCUGAGUCCUGGAAUGGUGAACUACAUUGUAAAUGUGAAGAAAAUGAUGAUGCUCUUCAAGGCACUGAAGGUGACAAUGAUGACGGAUCACAAUUUGCUAACCAGGAGUUCGUUGACCAUUUACAACAAUUAUUAGAUACUUGCCUCAAUUAUCUUGUGGGGACCUUCCACCAUUCUAUUGAAACUUUACCAUUUUAUUUGAAAAGUCUUGAUUUCGUCGACAAGCACGAGUUUCUGCACCAUUUGAAAUCGCAUUCUCGAAGAACCUGGUUAGACGAUAAUUAUCGUAUCCAUGCCCAACCUAGCAAUAAAUACGUAUUCAUUCUUUGGAACGACGAGUACCAUGGCUAUGAUGAAGCCACCAGCACCAUUCAGAACGUUACCAAAAAGACUUCUGGGCAAUGUGGAGAAAUUGCCAUGAAUAUUGACAAGGUCGGAAGAGCGGUGUUAUUGAGUAGUGACAAUCCACAGGAUCUUUAUAUUACCUUCCGUCAUACCUAUCAAAGAAGCUCUACUACCGGAAGAGAAGGAUUGGUGCCGUCGAUCAUGGACAUGGAGAAAUAUAUGCAGGAAGAAAUAUGUUUCUAUAUGACGGAGUGGAUCCACGAGUUAUUGAAGUAUCCUCUGAAGAAGUUCCAAAAAAUCGCCAGGGAUUGUUUAACUAAAGGGUUCUUGACCCCAAAGAAGAUCUCAUUGGAAUCGGAGAUUGAGUAUCCGAGACUUAACGAAGAGUCAAGAUAUACCAGUGGAUUAUUAAAUGACCAAGGAAAUAUCCCUUCUAGUAACUACGAGGAACAUCACAAUAUUGCCUGUGGCGAUAAGGACUCUGUGGUGGAGUAUCUUCUUUAUUUCGACUGGCGUUUUGCCAAAAGAUUUAGAAACUCGAUGAAAUCGUUGAUCAUCGACUCUGUGAUUAUGGAUUUAUCAUUUAAGAAUCUCUUUUUGGAAAAAUACGCCAACGUUUUCCCUAAUCUUGCCCAGAAUUUCCUUAGCGAUAGGGAAUACACUAAUAACAUCGUGAUCGAGACGUUGGUACAAUUACUUUAUACCCCGUCUGCCGCGCAAAAAACUUUAGUCGAUGGGUAUUUUGUGAAUUUUAUGGCCGGGUUCACCGAGGUGGUGAUGAAGAAAGUGACCAACCAUAAAUGGAUGUAUACUCCCGAUGAUGCGUUGCUGUCGGUGGUCAAUGCCGAAAGAUAUUUGACGGUGUUGAAUUAUAUGAAUAACCAUAUCACUCUGAUUGCAGAAAAGCUUCCGGCAGAAUAUAAGGUGUUAUUUUAUAAGCAAGACAACUUCAAAAUGUUUUUUGCGGUACUCGAGUUAUUCCAAAAUAGUUACAAAUUCCAAAGAAAGACUGGCGAGCAUAUUCACAUGGAAGACAAAACGUUUGGCCAAACUUUAAUGAUCUUCAAUUCGAUCUUGCGAGCCAUUUGUUGCGCUUUCAAUGGGAGAGAAUUUACCAAUCUGACGGUGGUGGAUGUCAAUGUUAAAGAAUUAGUCACUAGUAGCUUGGAAAACAUCUUUGUACAUUAUGGCGACUCGGUGGAUAUCCCAAAAUAUAAGACCAUAUUCUACGAUGGCAAUAGCUACAAGUUGUUUAAUAACCCUGUGUCACUGCAAGAGGUGUCGUUAUUAAAUCCUAUCAACUCUUUGUUAUCGCUUGUGGUUGAAAAUAACGAUUUGGAGUAUUUUAUAUCGGUAAUUCACAAGGAUCGCGAAUACUUGGCCACCAUGGACCAUAUCGCCGACAUUUCUUUGAGAUCGAUUGUAUUUUGCGGGCAAGUGGAAUCAAGAUUCUGGGUGAGAAACGGGAUGUCCAUUGUCAAUUAUGCAUUGUGUUAUUCCAAAUUAUCUGCCGGUUUCAAUAUCAGCGCCCAUGGCUAUUUAAGAGAUCUUCACAUGGUGCAAUUGGGAUUUUUCCUCCACGCGGCCGACCCAACCGAAUAUUUGUUGAAUGUCAUUAAUGGAUGGGAACUUCUUGGAUUAUGGGAAGGCGAAUCUUUCCUUGAUGGGGUAUAUGGUGAUAAGAUGAAUUAUUUGGUCCACGAAUUUUUGUUGUUCCUUUAUAGAGUCCUCACCGAAAGAAAAUUCUUCAUUCCCCAAACCAGUCCAGAAAAGGAAAGAAGUUCGAUCCACUAUUCGUUAUUAUACGAACUUAGUACCGGACCACAAACAUUUAGACAGCUCGAUCGGAAAAUGAUCACCGAUUCCGAUAAAAGAUUGGUGCGGUCCGUGUUGGACGAAAUCGCUGAUUAUAAACCCCCAGUAGGAUUAAGCGAUCACGGUACUUUUAGUUUGAAACCCGAAUUUUAUUCCCAAUUGGAUCCCUAUAAUUUGUUUUCUCCGUCGGUCGAAGAAGUUGCCGAUUGUGUUAAGAACAAAUUAUUCAAAUUGGCCCAGCAGAAAACAGGAGUGCUGGAGUACAAAGAUGUGGACGAUGUGAUUGUUAACCCCUAUUUCCUGGAAUUACACGACGAAUACCAGAACUAUUCAAAUUUCGUGAGAACUUAUGCCUUCAGCAAAUUGCUUUAUAGAUUACUUUCUACGCUAACUCAGGAAGCCGAUAGCAAUGGAUUGCAAUUAUUGCUCCAUUUAGUUCACGCGGUGAUUUUGGAUAACGAGAACGUCAUGGGGGAAAGUCAUUUCGAUUCAUUUUACGAUAAAUUGGGACUUGCGUUGUUUAAGAUUGUCACUGAUGGCACAAAGCUAGAUAAGGGGGUGAAAUCAAAAGCAUCGUAUUUAUUGAAAUACUUGAUUGGCAAAAAUGAGGCCAAAGUGAUGGAGUACUUGUACAACACUUGUGAUCAUACUCAAGUCGAACAAUUGAAAAAUCAAUUAGAACAAAGCACAAAAGAUGAAGAGAAUAUCCGGAGAAAACUUUUGAUUCAGGAAAAGAAGAAAAAAGCAUUUGCCAAAUUGGCAGCGCAGAGAAAAUUAUUCGAGGAAAAUAACAACAUGAGCAAUGAAAACUUGACCAAUUAUAAUAAUGGUGCGGAUGAUGAUGAUGAUGACGAUAACCUCAACCCACAUGGCGCCAGUGGUAGAACCUGCAUUUUGUGUCAAAAGGCCCAGCAAGAACUUGAUAUUUUCGUCACCAUGACUUCGUUUGCCAAACAUAAUGCGGUGGCCACCCUACCAUCUAACGAGACAUCAUUCGCCGCGGCUUUCAAAAGAUGGGAUAGUUCCGUGAGUUAUGAAGACUUUGUGUCUCACAAUAAAGUGAUGUCUUGCCGUACCAGUGAUGACGAGAACAGCAACCUGGAAGAUCGGUAUAUCAUCACCUCGUGUAACCACGCCAUGCACCAUACGUGCUUCAUGCACCAUCGAUCACAACAAGGGCUCAUUUGUCCAUUGUGUAAUUUUGAAGGUGAUUUAUUGAUGCCAUGUCAUUUAUCGCAAAAGGUGAGCCCUGAAUUCUUUGAAUCUUUGAAAUCGGACAAUGAAGAAAUUGAUAAUACCCAACACUCAGCGAUUUUUGAGUUUGUCGAGCACGGGGUAGUGAAAAGUCCCAAGAAGUUGACGGCAUUGCCAAUGCUUGCAAAAUUGUUAUCGGUGGAUUCUGAAAACCAUGAAGAUGAAGUCAAAUUGAAGAAGUUUAACAAAGUGAAAUUGUCAUUGAAGAAACAUUUUGAAACCAAGAUCCAAACUCUUUCCAAGAGUAAUAACUCUAGCAUGUUUGAAACUUCUGCGGAUAAUCUUUCUUUAUUGAUCAGUAACACCAUCAGUUCUUUGGAAGUCGCCAGCAGAUUUUCUACUAAUCCUAAUAACAACCCUUACACCGAUUAUUUGAGCGAGAUCCCUGAAAUCACUUACACGUUUUUGAGAAUGUUGAUUUUGUACCGUCUUGAUAAGGAUUGGUUCAAAAAUGGGGAAUCCCUGUUGUUAAAAAACAUUGGGCAAAUGUCAUCGUUCACAUUAUUUGUCGUUGGUUACUUAUCUGGCAGUUUUUCAUUCCAAUUACUUUUGAACUCAAUGUACAUGAGAAACAUCGCCGCGACCCUCAACAGUGUUUUCAAUUUGAUUCCAGAAAGACCAGAAUUGUUCGAAGUGAUUGGCAAAGUGGGGUCCAGCAACGCUCGUGUGAUCAGCAGUGCAGAAACCAUGGACGAUCUACGUAGUCUGUUGUCGAAAAUCAUUAAUCCUGCCACAAAGUCCCAGAUGAUGUCGGGAUUAGAUGAUGAUUUCCUUAACGGGAUCUUGAUCAUUAUUCAAAGAUGUUCAUUAGGAUUCUUUAGACAACUCACAAUUUUCUUGAAAGUGUUGACGUACGAUCCUGAAAGUGACAAUGUGGUGUACCAACUCGGCAAUAUCAUGAACGAUAAUAUCAUUAGUGGGAUCGAAGAUUCGUUCUUGAACGAUGAUUUCCCCGAGACGUUGGAACCGUAUAAUAAAUUUUAUGGGGUUUCCAAUAUCGCCGAUGUCUUGACAGGGUUAAACCGCGAUAAUGGUGAAACCAUUUCUGCGAACAUCUUCAAGGCGGUGUUCGCUGAUACUCAUAGUAACAUCACGCGUUAUAGAAUUGAGUAUCCAGGGGUAUUGAAAUUGAUCCCAUUACCUAAUAACUUCAAAACAUUCACCAUUAACGCCAAAGAAUAUUUCGAGGCGAUUGGCCAAGAUAAUGAUUGGCAAGGAGAGAAUCGGUACGAUUAUUCGGUUUGUUUACAUUGUGCGAAACGGAUUUACAAGGACCAUCUUGCCAAGUUUGAAUUGCGUUCAGGAAACGAGAGUAUGUCGCGACACACCAAAUCGACCAAUCACACCUUAUUUUUGGAUACCACUAAGAACGUGGUGUUUUUGAUGAUGGGGAAUGCCCAAGGGGUUCCUGCAAAACUCCAAGCACCAUAUAUCAACGAGUUAGGGGAUACUGGGGAGUAUUCUUUGAGACAGAAUGCCCUGAUCACUUUGAGCGAGAACCGUUACAGACAUAUCAUCAAGAUGUAUUUGGUGGAUGGGUACGCUUCUUAUUUAUCAAGAUAUUAUGGCAGUGCCACCAGAUGGCAGGGAGGCCUUGGUGGAGGACUAUUCUUUGGUCGUCGAGAUGAGGAUGAAAGUGAUCGUUCAGGGGCCGAUGAUUAUGAUAAUAGAGGAGGAUUGUUCUUCAGAGAUGAUGAUGAUGAUGAUGAUGAUGAUUCGGACGAAGACGAUGAUGUGAUCAAUGAUGUUGACGACGAUGAGAUUUACGUUCCAACAAAUCAGCGGAUUUUGCCUAAUGUUGCUGCGAUGAGAAACUUCGAUGUGGAAAUCCCUGAAGAUGAUGAUGACGGAGAGGAUGCCGAUGAUAGUGACUAUGAUGAUGCGUUGCCUCAUCAGAAUAUUAACGAUAUGUUUCAGACCAUCGCCAGAGAAAUGAACAUUUACGGGGAUAAUGAGGGUCAAGCGAUGAUCCAACGGGAAUUGGUGAGAUUGUUGGCGAAUAAUCUCAGUCAUCCGGAGAAUUUGCCCGGGAAUGUGACCGUUGAAGGGUUAGCGGAGAUCCUCAAUGGGGGAGAAAGAAGGGCAGCAACAACUCCUCAUUAUCCACACCAUCAUGAUCACUCUGACGACGACGAUGAUCAUCAUCAAAAUGAUCAUGACGAAGAUGUGGAAUAUGAGGUCAUGGGACCAGGGUAUAUUCAUUAUUCUGAAGAUGAUGGUGGUUCACCACAACAUGUUGUAGCAGAGUAUGAUGAUGGGAGCUAUCAUAAUGAUAGCAACAAUAAUGAGAGUUAUGGUAACCACGAUAAUGAGGGUCAUGAAAAUCAUGACAAUGAGAGCUAUGGAAACAACGAUAAUGGGAGUCAUCAUAAUGCAAACCAUGAUAGUGUGAGUUAUGAUAACCAUGAUGAUGUGGGUUAUCAUAAUGGCAGCAACGAUAAUGUGAGUUAUGGUAACAAUGAUAAUGAAAGUAAUGGAAACAAUGAUAAUGAGAGUUACACUGGCUCGAACUAUUAUAAUGAGAGCUAUGAUGAUGAUAACAAUUAUACUGACAGCUAUGAUAAUGAGAGCUACGAUAAUGAGAGCUACGACGAUGAUGAUUAUUAG